AUGUUUGAUAGAAACAACGUUGUUGCGUGUGCCAAGCACUUUGUUGGAGAUGGUGGUACGGAUAAGGGCACAAACGAAGGGAACACCAUUGUGUCAUACGAACAUUUGGAGAAGAUACAUCUUGCUCCAUAUCUGAACUGUCUUGCUCAGGGUGUCUCAACGGUUAUGGCGUCUUACUCCAGUUGGAACGGACGUAAACUCCACUCUGAUUAUUACCUCUUAACAGAACUUCUCAAACAGAAACUCGACUGGGAAGCUUUGGACCGGCUUAGCGAGCCACUGGGUUCAAACUACCGCAACUGCAUCAAAAUGUCUGUUAAUGCUGGAGUCGAUAUGGUGAUGGUGCCUUUCAAGUACGAACAUUUCAUAAAGGACCUGAUAGAUCUGGUGGAAUCAGGGGAAGUGCCCAUGGCUCGGAUAGAUGACGCUGUUGAAAGAAUUCUGAGAGUGAAGUUUAUCGCGGGUCUUUUUGAACAUCCUCUCACAGACCGGUCUUUAUUGGAUACUGUUGGCUGCAAGGAACAUAGAGAAUUGGGGCGUGAAUCGGUUAGAAAGUCAUUAGUUCUGCUAAAGAACGGCAAAAAUCCUAAGAAUCCGUUUCUGCCACUAGAUCGCAAUGCCAAGAAAAUUCUAGUCACUGGAACGCACGCGGACGAUUUGGAUAUCAGUGUGGGGGAUGGACUAAGGCAUGGUUCGGUCUAA